ACCAGGAAAAGUCGAUCGGAAGUCUCGCUCGAGUGAAGAAAACGCGUGGAUUUUCGAAAGUGCUGUAAAAUUUGAAACAAAAUCGUCAAAAUGGAGAAGGAAACUGUCGAAACUCACAAGGAAAAGUUGCCGGAAAGUGCCGCCGAGUCCGGUGCAGUUGCCGUGGAAACCACAGCGCUGGUUGCCAAAAAUCCGGCAGCCGAAAAGGCCAAUUAUUCACACUCUUCCGUUUCCGAACCGGAAUCGGACUCGAGUACGGCGGCGGGCAUUGUGGCCGAGGUGCGUGAGCUGUACCGCGGCAGUAAGGUGGACAUCCUGAUCCGGCUGAUUCAGAGCCGCACGGUUGAGGUUAAAUACCAGCGGCAGCUCGAGGUUUACCAGGUGGCUUUGUACGAGGGAGUUAAGGAGAAGACGCGGCUCCAGCUUGAUCUGGCCUACUGCGAUAAGAUGCUGGCGGUUUUGCAGCGGGAGGCACGGGAAGGAAAAUCGACGCUGACGACGAUUCUUCAGCAGCACGCGGAUGCGGUCGCGAUGAUCGAGAAGCUGGACGCUAAGCGUACCCAGUUCAUCAAGGAGGAGCAACAGAUUAAAAACGAGCUGGCCGAGUACAAGCACAAGUUUCUGCAAAUGCAGCAGGAUAUGCAAGAUCGAUUUGACCGCUACGAGUCCGAUUCCCGACGAUACGGUCAGCUGCAGGUUCAGGUGGACAAGCUGACCAAAGCGAAUGAAGUGUGGCAAAAGAAGGUGUGCGAAAUGGAGGCCAAACAGCGUUCAAUGGUUUCCGCUCAUUCGGCCCAGCUGAGCGAGAUGGAGAACCUGAUGGGUGAUUUGGAGGGCAAGUUGAAGGACACUCAGGGCCGGUUCGAAAACGAGAAGCGAACCAACACACUGCUCAAGGAGCAUACGGACUCGGUGCUGCAGGAAAAGACCCAACUCUCGAUGGAUUUGGCCAGCGUUGAGAACCGGUAUGCUUCGAUGGAAGCAGACUUUGAGCGAAAGAUAGCGGUACUUGAAACCAAGUUGGCCACUGUUGAGCAAGAUUCGUCGGGGAUGAAAGAAAAGAUGGCCGAGAUGACGCGAUCGGCACAGGAGUGUAACGCCGAGAAGGAGUUGUUGGUGGCCAAGUUGGCCCAGGAAAAGGACAUGACCGCGGAGAUGGAAGGAAAACUCGGCGGAUUGCAGGUUAUCCUGAACGAUCGAAACAACGAGAUCUUCUCAUUGCACUCGAAGCUCAAUUGCGAAUUGAAGCGAGUUGAGGAGUUCAAGCAGCAGCUUUCGCAGGGAACUUCCGAGACCGAUCAGCGGUUGUCCGAUAUGCAGAAGGAUUUCAUUGUAAAAGAGGCCAAAAUUACUCGCCUCGAGCAAGACCUUCGUAAUCAGGCCAAUGCGAUUUCCGCGCUUAAGACACAACUCGAAUCGAAGGACGCCGAAAUCAAACAGCUCAAGGACAAAAUCCCGAACGUGGAUCAUUACGUGGCCAAGAUCACCCAGCUAAAGGACGAGCUGGCAGUCAAAUCGUCGCGGGUGGCACAACUCGAGCAGCAAGCGGAACGGCGAGCCAGCACUGAAACUAGGAUCCGCGGCACCGAAAACGUGCCCGCCCAAGUUACAUCGACGCCGAUUUGCGUUUUGGAGAGUGAUGACGAGACGACCUCCAACGCACCUAAGGGCGCCAAAAAGGUCCGGAUUGCGGACCCUGAGCGGAGUAGCGUUUCUCCCACCUACUCGAACUUCCAGGGCAACGUACAGCGGCGGACGUUCUUCAAGCGGGCGGCCACGGCGAGCACCUCGCAGAUCUCGAUCACCAGCGCCAGCUACAGUCAGUUCAUCAACAACAUGGACCUGAACUUGAGCACGGCGAGUACCGUAAACGUGGACGAUGAACCGAUGGACGUUGGCAAUAUGUCCAGCGUUUCGACUGCAACCUCGGCGGUGCGCCACGUUAAGCCGUUCUUCCGCAGGGCCCAGGAAAAGAAGUGAUUUCACUUAAAUCUUUGCUUUUGUUUAUUACACUCCGUUACUAUGCACAGAUUACGUAACUGUUGAAUUAUAAGUGAUCCGUUCUUUUAUUAUUCUUACAUCCGUUGUUGAUGUAGCAAACUCAUUUCAUUUCAAAUAAACAACUCAGAUAUAAUUGGAA